GUACAACUGAUGUUAGUGCUGUCGUUUUACUGCUGAACAAACAAGAGGAAGUGUGGACAUCCACGUGUAUUUGCUCCCGCUGCACAGGCCAAACGGUGAAAAUCAAAGUUUGUGUUCUUCACCACAACUGGGCUUACCACUGCCUCGCAAAAGAUUCCACGGGCAGUGUCGAUCUUCCACAGCCUACUUUUACCAAUCAGUGAAUUCUGCGGCAAUUCAUGUCCGAGGCUCCGGUAGCGCCGAAGCCCCUUUCGGGAAGGAAAGGCGCCGUCUUCAUGGGCGACAACUUCAUCGAGUUAGAGGACCCCGCCGCCGUGACAUUGGAGGACUUGUGCGAGUCGUUCGGCACGCCGUGGGAGAGCGGCAUGCAUGUGCGACAACGCACUACCGGUCGGAUCGUGGCAACGCUGCCGUUUGAGCCUCUCCCGCCCCUUACGGAGGUGGCAGACGUGGUUAUCAAGACCGAAGAUGCCACCGCUGCGCUCGCUGCGUCGGCGGAUGCGUCUGGCAUGGGUGCGGGCACGAACAGCACUAACACCAACGAAGACAGCGAGUACGUGAGCGACGAUGAGGAAGCGGAGAACUCGUACGCCGUUGUGUACGACCUGGUGAACGCAAAUGCGCCGGAGAUGGAUGAGUCAACGGUACGCCUGGCGGGCCCGCUGGCAGCGAAUAUCCGCGGCAUUCCCGGCAUCGAGGAAACGAUGCGUCAGUUGGUGGAGUUGGGUGCCGCGGAGCUCUUGACGGCUGAGCCGCCGUCUGUCGUGAACGGAAAGCGGGAGUACAACCCAGUGGAGGCCCCUGGCCUGCUGAGGCGCACGGUGUACCCCGCUUCGCAAUACUCGCCGUAUCGCGCAGCGCGUGACCCGGUGAGCGACGGCAAACACACGCUGUUUCGCAGCACGGCUGGAUCGACAUCCUCGCCGACGAGUGCCGCGGUGGCACCGUACAAGACGUUGGGCUUCGUCGGCGAAGGUGGCCCGUACACCAGCUACCUCGACAGCUACGCGUUUGGUGGGCGGGCAGAGAUGCCGUACGUCUCGGUAGCAAACCCGAGAAACGCCUCCCUUGCUGUCCCUCUUACAAACGAGGAACAUCUGAAGAUAUUUGGCGUGUGA